CAAUGGGCUGGUGGUGGUCAUCAUCUCCUCAAAAAGACGAAUCGUCGUCUCCGGCUGCGACUCCAGCCCCUGACGCAGCGCAAUCGAGGACCUUAACGCGAGACGAGGACGAACUCAAGAAGUUGUUCGCUGCAUUCGAGAGCAGCAAUGCCAACAAUAACAAUGCGACAAGCCCAAAAUCAUUAGAUCCCUCAUCCUCGACACCCACUACCGAUUCCUUUGCAAACCAACAACCACAACCCCCCUCAAUCGCUCCCGAAUCCCUCUACCAAGAUACCAUGUCCUGCCGCUCCGCAUUCGACUACGCCUUCUUCUGCCAGUCCUUCGGCGGCCAAUUCGUCAACGUCUACCGCUACGGUGAACUACGCUCAUGCAGCGAGCACUGGGAUAACUUCUGGCUCUGUAUGCGGACCCGGUCAUGGGGGGAGAAUGAACGGAGGAAGGCGAUCCGGGACCAUAAUCGUAAGAAGGCGAUCAAGUAUAAGACCGGGCCGAGUAGUGAGGAUGUGUGGGAUAUGAGAACGCAGCCGGUGCAGAAUGUGUUCCAGGGGGAUUUUGCUGCGCUGGAGAAAGAGAUGCAAGCUGAGGAGGAAGCGGGUGGUGCUGGGGCGCGUGUUUAGUUGAGUUGAGGUCAAUGGUUGGUUGGUUAUGAUGUGAUGUGAAUUUCUUUUCUUUGGUUCUUUAUUCCUAGGAUGGUUAUGAUGAUAUACCUGUGGAAGAUUGAUCACUGUACAAUAGACUGUUUCUACUCUUGAAUGAGCCUAUGGUAUUCACUUUUGUUUAACUAGAAUGAGAUUCUCCCUAUUAUACAAAGCAGACAUUCCCUUUAUCUUUAUUAUUAUUGUC